UUUUUAAUAUAUAACUCUUAAUAUAUUUAUUUCAAAUGGCAAGAAUUUAUUUCACGUUAACUGUAGUUAUGGUCUUAACAUUAGUUUCAACAAAUAUGGCCCAAAAAUCAAGAGUUAAGCGUCAGUCCAACGCCUAUAGGUUCGCGUCGGGCGUGGAGUUCGUGGUGCCGGAGAUCAGGGAAUCAUUCAGUUGUGAGAACAGAGACUACGGAUACUACGCCGAUAUCGACAAUAACUGUCAGGUGUUUCACGUGUGCGUCCCUCCGGCCCAACAAUUCAGCUUUUUCUGCCCAAACACCACAAUCUUUGACCAGAGAUUACUGGUCUGUCAGGACGAGUCGUUUGCCACUCCCUGUCGAGACGCCGAAAGGUUUUAUGUGAUUAACCAGAACUUUGGUGUUACGGACCCCGAGAAGUUGAUCACAAUCUAAUCCACACGUAAAUCACAUUAUUUUUUAUAACAUUUACCAUAUAAAUUAUACUAUAC